UUCAAACUGAUUAUUUUGAUCCAAUCGCAAAAUGUAACGCAUUUUGUCUCAGUAAAAAAAGAAGCGAAUUCCUGUGAUUUGUUUUAACGGAAAUAAAAAUGUCCCGAAAGUCGUUUCCUUCCAACACCCAGCCGAUGUACGUCCUGGAAGAAUCGUUUUACCCGGAUGCCUGGCGAGAUGAUUCGCGGAUGGGAGUGCUGCUGACCGAAUUUCGAACCCGAACGGUUAAUCCGGAAAACUAUGACUCAAAAAUGAGAUUCUGGAAGGAGCUGAUUGUGAAAUACUGCGGACACGAAGGAUCCGGAUCGGUGUCGAUUACCGAACUCAAGCGAGUGUUCAAAAGGAAAGGUACGAGCCCGUACUGUCUAUCGACGGUUUUCGAAGAUAUGAUGAAGGAAGGGCAGCUUGUGGCUAAAGUUGAAUUCUUGAAGAUGCCUCAGGAAACCUGGAGCGGCUGGGCAGUGGAUGUGAUGGUGAAACGGCCCUUUGGUUGGGGAUUCGGUAAGGUGAAGGAAAAGUUGGUUGGCAAUGUUCAGGAUGAGAGUGCGGAAUUUAUUUGCAUGGAAGUUAUAAAGAGUCAAUCUAAUAUGUUGGAGAAGCUGAUACAGAAAGAGAAUAAGUACAACGUUCUCCUAUCUAGAAGUAGUCUUACGGAGCUAGUAAAAAAAUUGAACCUUUCUGGUGAAGCAAUUGAUCUCGUGCUGCACCAUUUGCUUUGCCGACAGCGAGUCUUUAUGGAAAAACUACCAUCCGAAGAGGAUCAUGAGAAAAAGGUCCUGCUAAAAUUCGCGGUACCUGGAGCGCAAGCCCAGCCCAUUACGGACAUCGAACGAUCCAUCUACAAUCUGGAACAAACCGAACAUGAUCUUAUGAAGGUCAUCGAAAAGCUAGAGCAGAAUAUCUCCGACACGAUGGUGGCCGUGAAGCAGAAUCUACGGGACGGAAAGAAGCAGCUGGCUAAAUCAAAUUUGAAAAAGAUGCACCUUCUGGAAAAGAACCUGGACAAGAAGAUGAACGUAUUGGAUAAUGUGCAAACCAUGGUGUCUCGAAUUCACGACUCGCAGAGCGAUAGACACGUUAUCGAUGCAUACAAGAUUGGCUCGAAUGCUCUGAAGACUGCGUUUGCCGAUUCCGGUAUUACCUUGGACAGUGUAGAUGACACCCUGGCGGAGAUGAAGGAGAUUCUGGAGCAACAGGAUGAGAUGCAAACGAUGAUUAGCACGCCACAAAACACGGACGUCGACGAUUUGGAGCUGGAGCAAGAGCUCUCCGAUUUGAUCGAUGUGAAUUUGGCUGCGAACAAUAUUGUGGCCCCACCGGCAACACCCGGAGUGGCACCCCCCACUAUCCCUGGUGCAGGAGGACCCGGCCAACCUACUCUCGCACAGUUGAAUGAAUUCGAUAAGGAAAUCGAAAAGAGAUUGUUGGCCUUGAGAAUGGAUGUACCGUCACCGCCCCCGUCGGAUACCUCGAUCAGUGCUGGGACGUCAGUCCUGCCAAACAACAAUCUGCCUUCCACACGUCCUGCGUUUAUGUUGAAUUGAAUUUUUUUUUUAUUGAGUCUAGGCUUCAAUUAUUUGGUUUGCUUUCGAUUAUUGAUUUUCAAUAUUCUGCCUGUACAAUCUUCGAAGUCUCAGACAGGGUUGUUACAACUGAUGCAGAUAUCAAAGAAAAUGAUUGUUAUGAUUGUAUUUUUCAGCCGUUAAUUCACUUUUAAUUCAAGUGUUUGUACCAGCUAUUUUAAAAAUAUGUUGUUCAGCAAGUUUUUGGUCGAUACAUAUUGUGAAGAAUCUGAAUACAGGGUUGACCCAAAUAAGUGAAGCAAAAAUAAAGAGGUGUAACUUUGAAUCGGAAAGAUAUUUUGGAAUGGUUCUUUUACGGGGGUUUGUUUCUAACACCUUAGGAAUUCAUUAAUUUUGUUCUGUAUAAGUUGCUUUGAAUUUGUCAAUCCCCAUUAGAGAAGAUCCUUCCUUCUUUUAAACAUGAGCAGUUCUCUCGAGAACUUUUGAAUAUUAUUAGUACUUGAAUGCUUGAUGGGAAAUCAUAUAAGAAUAUCAGAUGUUUCAAAAAUUUGUUGAGAGUUCUACAAAGUUACAAAUGCUGGGGUCAAAAUAAGACUAUUUUCAAACGAUUCGGGCUAGCGACGUUAGGGAAAGUGUCAUUCGGACAAAUGUUAUAUAAUCGUUAUUCAUACGUCAAAUUGUCGGCGCCGCCGGGAUGUUCUGAUGUAUAACAUCUCUGAAGGGAAGUAAAGCCGUUGGUCCCCGGUUCAUGAGUUGAUGAGUCGAUAUGUAGGGUCCAGGUAUGGGAGCUGCCUCCCUGGCACGUCGGUAGCAUUGGUGCUCGGCACGG